AUGCAUCUCCCCAACACCCUCCUCACGACCCUCCUCCUCCCCCUCCUCACCACCGCCCACUUCGUAAUGCACUACCCCACCUCCCGCAACGGCGACGACGACGAAAUCGAAGUCAAAUCCCCCUGCUCCGGCCUGGGCCUCAGCUCGAACCGCACCACCGUCUCCCUGCCCUCCUUCCCCAUCGCCCUGGAAAUGGGCCACGACGAGACCGUGAUCCAGGUGUUGCUGUCCCUGUCGGACGACCCCAGCAGCGAAGCCGACUUUAACGUCACGCUCGAGCGCACGUUCCAGCAGGACGGGUUGGGCGCCUUCUGUCUGCCGGAGGUGCGCGUGCCGGAGAGCGCGGGCCUGAGGGACGGCGCGAAUGCCACGCUGCAGGUUGUCACGGACGCCGAGGGCGGUGGGGGGUUGUAUGUUCUUUUCCUCAAUCAAUCAAGCAACCCUGCUCAAACCACCACUGACCAUUCCGUCUCUACUCAACAGUGCGCAGACAUAACAUUCACCUCCGCCCCACAACCCCUCCCCUCCUCGUGCAAGAACAACACCGGCGUCACGGCCAGCGCGCUGCCCGCCAACGACAACAUCAACGCCAACGACUCGAACGCCGAGGGCCAGCCGCAGGCGAGUGGCAGUGGCAGUGCUGGUGCGAGUGGCAGCGGGAGUGCGGCGAGCGCGACGAGCAGCGGGAACGGCGCGGCCGUGCAGACUGCUGCAGUGGCGGCGGCGGUGGCGGGCUGGGGCGUCAUCGGCGCCGGGGUCGUGGGGGCUGUGGCUUUGCUUUGA